UAUGUGAGCCACAGCCACACCUCCAUCUUGAAUUUUUAUUUUACAAGUGCUAACCUUAUUUUUGUUGUGAAAGUGAUCGUUUGAGUUGUAACUGAGUAAAAGAAUCUUCGUAACGCGUUAGAAACUUGGUAUGGGAGAUCAUUUUCACCAGGCCUCUUCUCAGAAAUCGAAGAAUCGCCAAAUUUAUUUUCGAUUAUGUCGUCGGAUGACACUUUAAUGGUGAAAGUAGAACCAAAACACGAAUAUGUCGAAUUGGAACCGAAACAAGAGGAAGGGGUUGAUGCAGAGGCAGAAGAUAUCGACCCGUUGGGUCAUGUGAAUUCAGAAAUGGACAUGGUUCUGCCAGUGUUCAAAGAAGAAAAUGGCGAGAUUGAAAUUAGGCAAGAUCAUCUUUUAAAGGGGGAAACUUUUGUGGCGUAUAAAUGUCAACGUUGCGAUUACAUCACAAAUUUAAUUGAGGACUUUAACUUACAUUGUUUAACACACAACAUUUUCAAGUGUGAUCAGUGCGAUUACACGACAGACUUAAAGCGGUUACUUCAGCAGCACAACUCGAUUCAUAUUCGCAAAGAGACUUAUAACAUGUAUUUGACUAUGCACAUUUUAAAAAAGCAUACAGUGCCAGAAGUAACACACACUGCCAAGCGUUUGAAAUGCCAUCACUGUGGUUAUACAUCCAACAGAGAAAGCUAUUUCAAGCUCCAUCUCUUGUCGCACAGGCCAACGAAAGAAUUGAAAUGCUUGCAUUGCAACUUUGCAACGAACAUAAAGUACAGACUCAGACAGCACAUGUCCGUACACAGCACAAAAAACUUCAAAUGUACCCAAUGCGACUAUGCAGCAACUCGCAAGGAAUAUUUGAAGUUGCACUGCUUAUCAAAGCAUGUCACUUCGAAACAGUUCAAUUGUGACAAGUGCAAUUUUGCUACAAAUCUAAGGGACAGCCUUAACAAGCAUGUAGUAAAACACAAUCCCAAACAUUUCAAAUGCGAACACUGCAAAUUCGCAACUAACAGAUCGGAGUACCUCAAGACCCACGCUUUGUCACACAAAACCACCAAAGACUUAAAAUGUUUCCACUGCAACUUCGAAACAAACGUAAAGUCGACACUCAGAAACCACAUGUCCGUACAUAGCACUUUGAAGAACUUCAAGUGCGACCAUUGCAACUACGCGUCAUCGAGAAAGGAUAUCCUCAAGUUGCACUGUUUGGCAAAACAUGCCACUUUUAAAAAAUUGAAGUGCGACAAAUGCGCGUACGCGACAAAUUUGAAAAGGUGCUUCAACAACCAUGUGUUAAGACACAAUCCCAAACAUUUGAAAUGUGACAGUUGCAAAUACGCAACAAAUAAAGAACACAAUUUUAAGGUUCAUCUUGUGUCGCACCAAAGUGCAAAGAAGAUUCAAUGAGUCCAAUGCGACAAGUACACGGAAAAAUCAUGUACAGCAUGUAUUGGUACACAGACAAAGGUGAUAUAUGAAAAAAUACCUAAGAAAAAAGUAGGCGUCAAACAAUCGCAUGGUUACUGAUUACUAUAGGGCGUCCAAUGGAACUUUCAAGCGUGAGCUCGAAACACUUCAACUAGACUACCAGCCUCCAGAUCUAAUGUGCUGUUUCCAAGGCUUCAAAACCUCAGGCCUGCAAGGUAUCAAAUGUUGAAGGUUUUUUCCGAGGCCAAGAGUGCUUAUCCUUCCCUAUAUAACCGUCUGUACUCUCAUCGAUCUUUUACUACAAAUGGCAAUGGAAGUAGGUAGAGUGUACUGGGGGAUAUUCCAUACCGCCCUAGCCCCCCCCCCCCCUCGGUGCUACAUAUUCUUAGGAGAAGAGGAUAUGAUCAUUUUUUCACAAUAAUCCCACCUUGGGAUUCCUCAAGGCCAAGGAUUUUGUGGAUGUUAUGUUACCAGGCGAUCUGGGGGAUAUUCAAUACCCCCCAGUAAAUUCAGUGGCAAAGAAAAUCUCGAUAAAAGGUUGUGUGCGCUAAUAGGUGAUAGCGAACGCUUAAUUGUAGCGUAAUUGCACUGAUAGCAGUAAUAGAAAAUACCCAGCGGAGUCCUAUUUUUUGUCGUGUAAUUGCACUGUUUACAAUUAAAGACUUUGGAAAUAUUAUGCGUUAAACGACAAUUUCUUAAAUUAUCGUUAUUGAUGGUUGCAUAAUUACACUAAUCCAAGCGACGUUUUAAAUUUCUUGAAAGUAACGUGAUAAAUUGUGACGUUAUAAACUAUCCUUGCUCUUUAAAGUGCAAAUGAAAUUUGUUCAAGUAAUGGCCAUUGUAAAUAAACAAAAUGGCGGUUUUAUACUACCAAUAUUGUAUGCACGUGGUUUUGUUGAUACACCCUAUACGUUUCAGGUGUAUUCUAACCUCAAUUUUUGAACAGUGAACGUUCAAUGCUUUUAGUAGUUCUUUAAUUAAAUGUAACACUAUAAUUGUUCGUAUUUUAACAUGAAUUGAAUUCCAAGUGUGGUUAAGGUACUCUAAUUAUCCUCAUCAGAAAAGAAUGGCCACAUCAGAACCGCCGAAACGACAACUUACCCCCGAAGAAUGGCUAAGUUUAACCAACUACUUCGUAGGUAACAAUUACAGGUAUAGAGAAAAUAUAAUAAUACCAAAAUCGCUCGGUCCCAUUAAAAUAAAAACCAACGAGGAGAAGAUGGUCGAGAGUGUCUUUGAAAGUUGCCCGUUUAAAUCGGCAAUGAGCUGCGUAAUAGGCUACGGUCUGGGAGCGGCGAUCGGUCUAUUCUCGUCCAGUAUCGGACCGACGCCGAUGAACGCCGAGCAGCAGACGGUACGCGAGGUCUUCCGCGAGAUGAAGACCACGACGUUAAGCUACGCCAAGAAUUUCGCCGUGAUCGGCGCUCUGUUCUCGGCCGUCGAGUGCGCCAUCGAAUCCGCACGAGGAAAAUCAGAUUGGAAAAACGGAACUUAUGCCGGUGGGGUGACCGGGGGAUUAAUCGGAUUGAGGGCGGGCGUCAAGGCGGGUGUAGUCGGUGCGGCGGGCUUUGCCGCGUUCUCCACUGCGAUUGAUUAUUAUAUGCACUCUAGAUAGAAGUAGAUUUUUUCAGGUGUCCCAAAAUGGGCAUGGAUGCCUUUUGGAUCGCGAAAUGCCCCUCGUAACUUCACACCUCUGAAUCAACCCAUCUUAUUCUAUUUAUUCAAUUGUAUAUACUUUCCCACAAUUCUUUUAUGAUGGAAAAGGACUCUGAAAUUGCCCUUUUGAGGGUUACAUGGUUUUUUUAGAUUGAUGAUUAUUAUGUUUUUUUUCCUCAAUAAAUGGCUAUUAUUAUUUCAUUAUUAAAUUUAGGAAUUAUGUUUGUUGCAAUUUGUUUUAGUGUAUAAGUGGGUAGGUGUCCCAAAAUGGGCAUGGAUGUCUUUUGGAUCGAAAAAUGCCCCACGUAACUUCACACCUCUGGAUCAACCCAUCUUAUUUUAUUUAUUUAAUUGUUUAUACUUUCCCACGAUUCUUUUAUGAUGGAAAAGGACUCUGAAAUUGCCCUUUUGAGGGUUACAUGUUUUUUUAGAUUGAUGAUUAUUAUGUUUUUUUUGUUUUCCUCAAUAAAUGGCGAUUAUUAUAUACAAUUAAAUUUAGGAAUUAGGUAUGUUUGUUGCAAUUUAUUGGUAGUGCAUACGUCGGUAGGCGUCCCGAAAUGGGCAUGGAUGCCUUUUGGAUCGCAAAAUGCCCCACGUAACCACCUCGGGAUCAAUCCAUCUUAUUCAAUUGUAUACUUUCCCACGAUUCUUUUAUGAUUGAAAAGGUGGGAAGCGAAUUUCGUACUGAAAUUGCCCUUUUGAGGGUUACAUGUUUUUUUUAGAUUGAUGAUUAUUGUUUUUUUUUUGUUUUCCUCAAUAAAUGGCUAUUAUUAUAUGUCAUUAAAUUUAGGAAUUAUGUUUGUUGCAAUUUAUUGCUAGUGUAUACGUCGGUAGGCGUCCCGAAAUGGGCAUGGAUGCCUUUUGGAUCGCAAAAUGCCCCACGUAACCACCUCGGGAUCAAUCCAUCUUAUUCAAUUGUAUACUUUCCCACGAUUCUUUUAUGAUUGAAAAGGUGGGAAGCGAAUUUCGUACUGAAAUUGCCCUUUUGAGGGUUACAUGUUUUUUUUAGAUUGAUGAUUAUUGUUUUUUUUUUGUUUUCCUCAAUAAAUGGCUAUUAUUAUAUGUCAUUAAA